CGUUUUAUAAUACAAGAGACCAAGUAUGAAAAUAUAGUCUUUACUCUUCACUGGAUUUUUGUCCUCUAAGACAUACUUCCCAUACAACAUUUUAUAAAGAGAAUCAUGUUCGCAACAUUCUUAUCAAUGUGUCAAAAGACUCACAAUAGGAUUUGUUUGUCAAUCAACUGUAAGGAGUUCUUGAUAUUGAAUGAAGUGAUUAAUAAAUGUGAAAAUAUGCCAAUUCGUAGCAAGUCGUUCAAACGUCAUCUCGAUUACUCGAAGGUGCCCAAACUGGACGAAGCUGAUCUCGAAGAACAAUUCAUUCGUGGCAGUGGUCCUGGUGGCCAGGCAACAAACAAGACAAAUAAUGCAGUAUUGUUAAAGCACAAACCAACUGGACUUGUUGUCAAAUGUCAUGAAACUAGAAGUCUAUGGGACAAUAAGAAACGCGCGCGCGAAAUCAUGGUAACAAAACUCGAUAAUUUGCUGAAUAAGGAGCAUUCCAUCGAAGCUCAGAUACAAAUCCUGGAGAAAAAACAGCAAAUACAAAAAGACUAUAAAAGAAGAAAGCUGACCGAGAUGAGAAAAGCCUUUCAGGAACGUGAAGGCUUGACAUAAUGUUCGAUUUAUUUUAUGUACAUUUCAUCCAGGAUAUAUAUAUUAAUUAUAGUUUUAGAAAUAAACAAAGUAUACACAGAUUGUGUUAUUUUUAGUUUAAAAUAAAUUAAGAAUCAAAAUGCUUUUUAAAAUAUAAUCGACUUAAGAAUCAGUGGCACUUCAAAGUUGAUCAAAUUGUACCAUAAAUUAUCUAAUUCUGAAAUUGCUAGAUAAAUAAAAAGCUUUUGAUUUUAGAAA